AUGUUUCGAGCCCUCUUAGGGGCCGCCGUUCAUGGUGGCAUGCUCGCGGGCCUCAUCUGGCCGAUGCAAGCCACUGGACAGGAUUUCGCGGUCCCAUCUGGAUGGAAGAAGACGAACAUCACACUCACCCAUGCUCAACGUCUGAAUUACUCGGAGAACGCUGCACGAGAACUCCGAGCAAAUAUCAAUGACAACACUGGUUAUCCAAAGGACGCUCCGCUGUACGGUCUAAGAACGAUAUCGAACAUGCUCAUCGUGCUUGCUUCACAAGAUUGGCGUAGUGGCGACGUAUCCUCAAGGUCGACGGUUAUGAACACCUUGGAUCUGUACGAGAACAAUAGCACAGCCUUGGACGGAAGGGGACAAAACCUUGACACGUGUGUAUUUGGAUUGGCGGAGAUUGCGGCUUACGACGCAUAUGGGAAGAACGAGUCUCGUCUCGAGAUAGCCAAGAGAAACUUCGACAUCGUGUACACAGACUUCAUCACUACCUCGGAUGCCCAGAAUGGAGUUUACACCCGUGCACUGAGCACAACUUGCGGCUCUAAUCUUGGAGGCUUGCUCUUCUUCAAUCACGGCACCACCAACACGGACGUCUUCGCGGUCGGGAUUGGAGCAUGGAUCGCAUUAGCUGCCCGUCUGUACGAGAUCACCGGUAACGGAACUUACCUAGAUGCUGCGGAGCAAUCCAUCCAAUUCAUGGCAUCCACUCACAUGAUCGACACAAGCAACACGUCUGCUCUCAUCACUGACGUGGUCAACGCGUCCACUUGCGCAUUUGGGACUGCGACUCCGCCCGGUACUGCCAAUCCGGACGAUGUCGGGUUUCUCCUUGAAGGGCUCAGCAUAUUGGCGAACGUGACGAACGGCACUUCGGGCGAUGGCUUUGCACAGAUGUUGUACGAGCUGGUCCCUGCGAUUGUGACCUAUCAGCCCGCGAGUUGGGACAACACUACUACGGGAAUACUGACUAAAGACACAGACCCACAAGCACCCUACUGCUCGAAAGGUAUCUACAUACGCGGACUCUUGGAAGCCAGGCUACGGAACCCUUCGAACGAUACCCUGGUCUCCCUCAUUGAUGAAUACCUCGCGAUCCAGUUCAAUGCCGUUAUAACAACGGCUUACAACCCCGGCGAUGUCUAUUCCAAAUCCUGGUACCAGGUCAACGAAGACGACACUACGUACAAUACGGUGGCACAAGUUGACGCCUUGGACGUCUUGAACGCUGCAACUGCCAUCUCCCCGGCUUCAACGGAUACGGCGCCACCGAACGGGCACUCUUCAAUCGGUACGAUCAUCGGCGCUACAGUCGGCGGGACCGCGGCCGUCGCGAUUCUCGCUAUAGUCGUCUUUAUCCACAUGCGUCGCCGGAGGCGCGCUCGCGAGAUGCCUCUGCGUGAUGAUAGGAUCGACACCUCGGAGAAACUCCCCGCUGCGCGCGAAGGCGCGUAUCUCACAGAGCCAUUCCUGCUCUCGGCACCUGAUACAGUCGAGCGAGCAACGUUACACCCGGAGAAGAACGGCCUUCGGCAGCGCGCAGCACUCUUGAAUCACUACUCCGAUCCUGGCGCAGACAGUCCUCACAGCCCAUCAAGAGCAUCUCCUGACCAUGCCGCCCACCUCAUCUCAGAAGGCUCACAUCCCGCGCCUGCUGUAGAGGAGAGCCACGCCCUGAGCGAUAUGGAGAGGAGAUUGGAGAGUAGGCUCUUUGCAAACUUGAUGCAUUCGUUCACUAUCCGCGGCGAGACUGAGAGUGAUCCGCCAGAAUAUGGACAGUGA